AUGGCAGAAUGUGGGAAAUUCUUUGCAAGAAAAUCAAGUCUUGUUACACAUGAGAAAAUUCACACAAAGCAGAAGCGGCAUUCAUGUUCAGAAUGUGGGAAAUGCUUUGCAGAUAAAUCAAAUCUUGUUACACAUAAAAUAAUUCACACAAGAGAGAAGCCUUCUUCCUGUGUAAGAGGUGGGAAAUGUUUUGCAGAUCAAUCACAUCUUGUUACUCAUGAGAGUCUAAACACCAGAGAAGAGCCAUAUUCAUGUUCAAAAUGUGGGAAAUGCUUUAGAAGUAAAUCAAAGCUUUUAAGACAUGAGAGCAUUCACACAGGAGAAAAACCAUUUUCAUGUCCAGAAUGUGGGAAAACUUUUAAAUAUAAAUCAAACUGUGAUCAACAUAAGAGAUGUCACACAAGAGUGAAGCCAUAUUCAUGUUCAGAAUGUGGGAAAUGUUUUACCACAAAAUCAAAUCUUGAUCAACAUGUAAGAAUUCACACAGGAGUGAAGCCUUAUUCAUGUUCAGAAUGUGGGAAAUGUUUUACCAAGAAAUCAAGUCUUGAUCAACAUAAUAGAAUUCACACAGGAGAGAAGCCAUAUUCAUGUUCAGAAUGUGGGAAAUGUUUUACACUGAAAAUAAGCCUUCUUCAACAUAAUAGAAUUCACACAGGAGAGAAGCCAUAUUCAUGUUCAGAGUGUGGGAAAUCUUUUACACUGAAAAUAAGCCUUCGUCAACAUAAGAGAAUUCACACAGGAGAAAAGCCAUAUUCAUGUUCAGAAUGUGGGAAAUGUUUCACAGAAAAAAAGAGCCUUACGAAACAUCAGAGAAUUCACACAGGAGAGAAACCAUUUUCAUGUUCAGAAUGUGGGAAAUGUUUUUCCUAUAAAUCAAGCCUUCGUAUACAUACGAAAAUUCACACAGGAGAAAAGCCAUUUUCAUGUUCAGAAUGUGAGAAAUGUUUUAAACAUAAAUCAGAGCUUUUAGAACACGAGAGACAUCACACAGGAGUGAAGCCGUAUUCAUGUUCAGAAUGUACAAAAUGUUUUACCCAGAAAUCACAUCUUAAUCAACAUCAGAGAAUUCACACAGGAGAGAAGCCAUAUUCAUGUUCAGAAUGUGGGAAAUGUUUUACAAACAGAUCAAGUCUUGUUCUACAUGAGAGAAUGCACACAGGAGAGAAGCCAUAUUCGUGUUCCGAAUGUGGGAAAUGUUUUACCAGAAAAUCCGGUGUUGAUCAACAUAAGAGAAUUCACACAGGGGAGAAGCCAUGUUCAUGUUCAGAAUGUGGGAAAUGUUUUACUAAGAAAUCAGCUCUUGAUCAGCACAAGAAAAUUCACACAGGAGAGAAACCGUAUUCAUGUUCAGAAUGUGGGAAAUGUUUUACAAAGAAAUCAUCUAUUGAUCGACAUAAGAAAAGCCACACAGGAGAGAAGCCUUAUCCAUGUUCAGAAUGUGGGAAAAGUUUUGCAAACAAAUCAAGUAUUGUUCUACAUCAGAAAAGUCACAUGGAAGAGAAGACAUUUUGAUGUUUGCAUACGAAUAAUGUUUUACAAGGAAAUUAAAUAUUGAAACAUCAGAGAAUUGACAUAAGAAACCGUAUGAAAUGUGGGAAAAAUAGGACUUUAUUCACACAAGAGCCUUAUUUACUGUCAGAGCAGUGAUGAUGAAUUGUCCCCAUAAACCUUGCUUCUCUUUACUGUAUUCACGCCUCCACCCUCACUGCAGAGUGACAUAGUGUAAAGGGAAGGACUCCCCAUGUAGAUGUUUAUGUGACAUAUGUGGACACAUCGAUAUUUGAUCUUCAUACAAUAUAUAAAGGUAAAAGUGAUGGAAUAGAAGAAAACAGUAAUAAUAAAGUAAUGCACUGAGCAUGGUGGAUUACUGAUCAGCAUCGUUAUCUUGCAGCGCUGGAGUCCUGCGUUUAAAUCUGACCAAAGAUAUCUGCAUGGAGUUUGAAUGUCCUCCCUGUGUUUGCGUUGGGUUUCCUCCAGGUUCUUUGCUUUUGUCUUCCACCUCAAACAUACUGAGAGGUUAAUGGCUUUGGCUGCUCUUUAUUUUCAGCAAUG